UAAUGAUCCAACGAGUAGCCGUGGUAGGAGCAGGGGUGAGUGGCCUGUCCUCCAUUAAGUGCUGCUUGGAUGAGGGCCUGGAACCCACCUGCUUUGAGAGGAGCAAAAACUUUGGGGGACUCUGGAAGUUCACUGAUGGCCCAAAAGAUAGGAUGACCAAGGUCUACAAAUCCUUAGUGACCAAUGUCUGCAAGGAAAUGUCAUGCUACAGUGACUUCCCCUUCCAUGAAGAUUAUCCCAAUUAUAUGAGCCAAGAAAAAUUCUGGGCCUAUCUCCAAGAAUUUGCAGAGCACUUUGGCCUUCUGAAAUAUAUUCAGUUCCAGACCACAGUGUGUAACAUAACCAGGCGUCCAGAUUUUAUUGAAACUGGUCAGUGGGAGGUAGUGACGGAAACAGAAGGGAGGUACAACAGAGCUGUGUUUGAUGCUGUCCUGGUCUGCACGGGGCACUUCCUGAAUCCUUACCUACCUUUGGAAUUCUUCCCUGGAAUCCAUAAGUUCAAAGGUCAAAUCCUGCAUAGUCAAGAGUACAAGACCCCAGAAAGCUUCCAAGGCAAAUGUGUCUUGGUGAUCGGCCUUGGGAACACAGGAGGGGACCUUGCUGUGGAGCUUGGACACUCAGCAGCUCAGGUACUUCUCAGUACUAGAACUGGUGCCUGGGUUAUUGGCCGAACUUCAAAUGGGGGCUACCCAUAUAAUAUGAUGACUACAAGAAGAUAUCAUAAUUUUAUUGCACAAGUGUUGCCUUCAUUUGUGCUAAAGUGGAUUCAAGAGAAGCAGAAAAAUAAGAGAUUUAACCAUGAGAUGUAUGGAUUGAGUAUUGCAAAGGGGAAAAAACCCAAAGUCAUCAUCAACGAUGAACUUCCCACCAGCAUCCUCUGUGGGGCAGUGACCGUGAAAGGUGGAGUGAAGGAGUUUUCAGAACACGGGGUGCUCUUCCAGGAUGGAUCAAUGAAGGAGCACGUGGAUGCAGUCAUCUUUGCAACAGGCUACACCUUCUCCUUCCCCUUCCUGGAGGAGCCUCUCCGGAGCCUCUGUGCCAAGAAGCUGUUCCUGUACAAGUACGUUUUCCCCUCCAGCCUUGACAGAACCACAUUGGCCUUCAUCGGCCUCAUCAGCCUCCAAGGCUCUAUCUUGGCGGGCACCGAGCUCCAGGCGCGCUGGGCCACACGAGUCUUCAAAGGACUCUGUUCCAUCCCCUCAUCCCACAAACUGAUGGCGGAGUUCACCAAGAAGCAGAAGCUCAUAGAAAGGGGUGUGAUUGAAGAUCCCACACAAGACAAGCUCAACUACAUCAAGUAUUUGGACGAGCUGGCCGUGCUUAUCGGUGCCCAGCCCCAGGUCCUGUCCCUUCUGCUCACCGACCCCAGGCUGGCCUGGGAAGUUUUCUUUGGACCGUGUACCCCGUACCAGUACCGCCUCCAGGGCCCAGGGAAGUGGGCUGGUGCCAGACAAGCCAUCCUCACCCAGUGGAACAGGACAAUGAAACCCUUGAAAUCUCGAGACCUUCACAAGUCCUCCCCGCCUGCUUCCAGGCCUCACCCCUUCAAAAUCUGGGGACCCCCCUUCUUGCUGGCUUUGCUUCUGCUGCUCUAUAGAGCAGCCCCUAUAGUGAAGUUGGUGCAAUAGAAGCUACAGGAAUGUGAUGAGUGGGGCUGCUCUAAUCUCCACCCAGCUAAGAAGUCUAAGAGAAAUUCAGACAUUCAAGACAGCACUUUCUCCUCACGUUUUGCCAAUGUAGCAGAAGGCUGGGUCAAAGAUUUGAUCAUCCUGCUGAUUAGCAAGGUUCAAAGUGUUUCUAAAAAAGCAGGGACAAAGUUCAAAGGGCUGGAGCACACCCCUGGUUGGCCCAGGAUUGGGGAAACUAACCUGUUAGCUAAAGAGGGUGGGAACCAGGCUGCCCCUACUCCAAAUCCCUGGAGAGGGGAGGAGCCUGGGAUAGAACAAGUUGCUGCUGGCCAGAUAGGCUUUACACCAUUAUCACCAAGGUCGGGAGACCUCAAAGACAUGAGACUAUUUGGAGACUUUGCACCCGUAUUCUCCUUCUCCCACACUCUCACAGAAGCACUGUGCUCGGGAACCAAAGCCCCCAGCUCUUGA